CUAUUAUAUGAAGCUUAUACUCAGAAGAUACCAAAUUUUAAUCCUGAAGCUUCAUGGUAAAGUGUUGAAGGGUCCGUGCUAGCUGAGUAGUGUUUGAGCGUCUGCAACUUUUUUUUCACAGUUUCGUUUUCCUUAGGGCUGUUUCAGUUGUGCAUAUCAGAAUGAGCCGGCCGCAUGAUGGGCAUCCACCAGCCUUUCCUUUUGGAAACCCUUUACGAAUGAUCUUUCCGAGGAGGUCAAACCUGUCUCCGAAGAUUGUGGGAUUGUUAAAUUCCUUCGAAGAAGCUCAAGCUGAAAGGCUGAAGAAGCUCAAGCCGAAAGACCAGGGCGAUGUCCUUAGCUUUUCAUGGAUGAGAUUAGCAAUGGAGUUGCUUUCUGAAACAUAUGCUGACAUUAAAGUUCUCAUUGCUGAGCUUCAGUUCCCGGUCGCUGAUUGGGAUGAGAAAUGGAUGGAUAUCUACUUGGAUAAUAGCGUGAAGUUGCUUGACAUUUGUCUUGCCUUUAGCUCUGAGCUCUCUCGGAUCAACCAAGCUCAUCUUUUGCUUCAAUGCGUUCUACAUCUGUUGGACAUCUCUAAAGCCUCUCCAUCACAUGAGCAACUUUUGCGGGCUCAUUCUUCUCUUGGUGAUUGGAUGAAGCAGAUUAGUCUCAGAAACCCAAAGCUUGAGAACUGUUCUACCAUCUUACAUGGUCUCAUCGAAUCGCUUCACUUGAAUAAGGUUAAGAACUCAGCAAAGGGAAAGGUUUUGAUGCGAGCCAUGUAUGGGGUCAAGGUUCAGACAACAUUUGUCUGUAGCCUAUUUGCAGCAGCUUUCUCAGGCUCUUCAAAGCCAUUGGUGAAUUUGCAUGUUUCUGACAAGUUCUUGUGGGCAGAGAUUUUCAACGAUUUGCAAGCUAAUGUAAAUGGAGUGAUUAGGAGUCUAGUUUCAAAUGGAAGUCCUACACUGUUGAAAGAGCUUGAAGCUGUUGAAGUAAGUGUCAAGAGGUUGUAUCCCAAGAUUGGCAGCGAAAGUAAUGUGCCUGUUGAAGAAGAAACAUUGCAGAAUUCUGUUUUGAACUUGAGAAAGAGUUCUGAAAGGCUCUUGCAAGGUUUGGAUCUUCUUUCAAAGGAAGUAGAGGGUUUCUUCCAUAUCGUUCUGACUGGUCGUGAUGCUUUGCUCGGUAAUUUAAGAAUAGAUGAUUCUGACUCUUACAGCAGACUAAAGAACAAUGCUGAAGAGCAGGUUGUGAGGUGAUAAUAGGUGGUGCAAAAGUACCUUGUAUAUUUAGUAGUUUACAAAGUUAUCUGUUUGGUCAAUUGUCUACAAUACUUUCGGGCCUUUGGGAGUGUAAGUUGUGUGACACUGAUGUUGUAUUUCAAUAUAUUUAUGUAUUAUGUAUUGUCGUGAUACACUUAUGAAAAAAUUGUUUCUAGUGAGCA